AUGGAAGCUUCAUUGCUAAACUCUUUCUCUUCAACAAUUAAUCCACCAAAUAAACUUGCAAUAUUUUCCGAAAAGUGGGAUUGGUGCUUGUUGAGGAGAAAAAAGAGUAGUUUAGCUGUGUGCCAAGGAGCAUCAUCAGGUGGAAAUGCAAAAAAGAUCAGUGGUUUUUCUUCUGCUGCAACUCUAAUGGAUGCAGGAAGCCUUGUUUUGUCUCCAAAUGAUCAGAAGGUCAAGAAGGAGAACAACACUGCAGUCAAGGAGUUGGUGCCUUUUGUGGAGAUGCAUGAUGGUAUUGGAAUUGUAAAGUUUCUUAGAGGAAAAGGGUUCUUCAUUACUGGCGGAACCGGUUUUCUAGCAAAAGUUCUUAUUGAGAAAAUCUUACGGACUGCGCCUGAUGUGGGGAAGAUAUAUCUCUUGAUCAAGGCUAAAACCAAGGAGGCUGCAAUGGAAAGAUUAAACACUGAAAUCAUAAACACGGAGCUUUUCAAGGGUCUUAGACAAACUUAUGGAAAAUCUUAUCAAGCCUUCAUGUUGAGCAAACUAGUUCCUGUGGUGGGGAAUGUGUGUGACUCAGAUCUAGGGCUGGGAGACGACGUAGCUGCUUUGAUUGCUAAAGAAGUUGAUGUUGUUAUAAAUUCUGCAGCUAACACAACAUUCCAUGAAAGAUAUGAUGUAGCUUUAGAUAUAAACACAAAAGGUCCUUGCAACCUUAUGGCCUUUGCCAAGAAGUGCAAGAAACUUAAGCUCUUUCUGCAAGUAUCAACAGCAUAUGUUAAUGGACAAAGACAAGGGAGGAUUAUGGAAAAGCCAUUUUGUAUAGGAGAAAGCAUAAUAGGAGAGAAUUCCACCUCAGAAACCCCACCAGGAUUUGAAUCACUGGAUGUUGAAAAUGAAAUGAAGUUGGCCAUGAACUCCAAGGGAGCUUAUGAAGAUAAUGAGGUAUCUCAGAAGAUGAAAGAUCUGGGUUUAGAAAGGGCCAGAAAAUAUGGAUGGCAAGAUACAUAUGUGUUCACCAAAGCCAUGGGAGAAAUGGUGAUUGAUGAUAUGAGAGGUGAUUUACCAGUAGUCAUAAUCCGACCUAGUGUCAUCGAAAGCACUUGCAAAGAGCCGUUUCCUGGAUGGAUGGAAGGAAACAGGAUGAUGGAUCCAAUUGUUUUAUACUAUGGAAAAGGACAGCUCACUGGUUUUCUAGUAGACCCUAAUGGGGUACUUGAUGUGGUUCCAGCUGACAUGGUUGUUAACGCAACUCUAGCCGCCAUUGCAAAACAUGGAAUGGCUCAGAAACCAGACAUCAAUGUCUACCAGAUUACUUCAUCGGUUGUGAACCCAUUAGACUUCCAAGAUUUGUCUAAACUGUUGUAUGAACAUUACAACUCGUCACCCUGCAUGGAUUCAAAAGGCAGGCCAAUCAACGUUCCAUCGAUGAAGCUCUUCAGCUCCAUGGAAGAUUUCUCUGAUCACAUUUGGAGAGACGCCACUCAAAGAAGUGGGUUAACAGCUUUGGCUUCCUCAAAUGGGAAGCUGUCUCAGAAACUUGAGACAAUGUGCAGAAAGUCGGUAGAGCAAGCAAAGUAUUUGGCUAGUAUUUAUGAGCCUUAUACUUUCUAUGGUGGAAGGUUUGAUAACAGCAACACUGAGAGACUAAUGGAUAGCAUGUCUGAAGAAGAGAGGAAGAAGUUUGGAUUUGAUGUGGGAAGCUUAGAUUGGAAAGACUAUAUAACAAAUGUUCAUAUUCCUGGUCUUAAGAGGCAUGUCUUGAAGGGAAGAGGGGUGUGA